AUGUCUGUCACACUACACACAACACACGGCGACCUGAAGAUUGAAAUCUUUUGCGAAAGUGUGCCAAAAACAGCAGAGAACUUCCUCGCCCUCUGCGCCUCGCACUACUACGACUCCUCCCCCUUCCACCGACUCAUCCCAAAGUUCAUGGCCCAGACCGGCGGCCCCGCCGAGCCGACCCCCGAGAACCCCAAGGGCGGCCGCUCCAUCUGGGGCGGCGCCUUCGAGGACGAGAUCCGCCCGGCCCUGAAGCACUCCUCGCGCGGCAUCGUCUCCAUGGCCAACAAGGGCCCCAGCACCAACGGCUCUCAGUUCUUCAUCCUCUUCGACAAGGCGCCGCAUCUGGACGGGCUGAACACCGUGUUCGGCAGGCUCAUUGGUGACGACAGCACGGUCACGCUCGCCAAGAUUGAGGCCGUCGAGGUGGACAGGAAGAACCGACCCAAGGAGCCGGUGAAGAUCGAGAGUGUCACCAUCCACGCGAACCCGCUUGCUGGUUGA